AUGGUUUUAUUGAGUGCAUUUGCGGGCCUGGCGGUGGCGGUUGCAACGCCAGCAGCUCGCUUUUCGGUAUUGGGAAGGCAUCGAAAAUUAGAUGCAGGCAACCAGCAGCAUCGAAGAUGGCAGCAAUUCACAACAGCAGCAUUUCGAGGAGGAAGCUCGGAUCCUGCAUCCUACGACCCACCUCAACCUAAGCAAUUCCCAUAUCAACCUCAAGACUACGAGAAACAGCAACAGCGACAGCAGCAGCAUCAGCAACAACAACAACAACCGCAAUACGAGUACACGCCGCCUGAAGAGGAGCAACAAUUUCAGGCUCCAAGCGCGGGUAAUGACGUCCCAUUCCAAGAAGAGACCUUCCAAGAAAGAGUUGACACUUGGAGAAAUUAUCAAUUAGAACAUGCUGCAGAGCAACGUUCAUCAUUAUCACCGCGAGAUGAGAAAGGAAAUUUGAAGCUUUUGGUUUCCGUCACAAAAGCAAGUCGAUCCCUGACUUUUUUCUUUAUGAUGUGGCGCAACGUACAUUUGUACGAGGUUGUGGAUCAAAAAUUGAAAGCAGGAAUUCUGCGGCAUCUUUGCAUAUUUCCUCUUACACUCCUCUUUAUUGCCAACCUGGCUGGUGUGGUUGCUUCCGUCAGCUCACCAGGACACAAAUCAAAGAAGAGACUGAAAGCUAUUCUCAAUCUCGACAAAUUGGUGGAAAUAUUCCUCAUCUUUCUGCACGUCUUCAAACUCCUCUUUUCGACUUCCAAUCUGGUGCCAAAAGAAUUAUACAUUUCUCAUAUCCUUCACUCCGUAUUCUUCCUUUUGCAAUGUCAUACAAUGACACGGUUUGUAUGGGACGGCGCGGUCCAGACUGUUGCUGAUUAUUCGGAGACAGGGGGACCAGACCAGCAACCACAAAAGUAUGAAGAGGACAUGGAGCCAAUGCAACCGGACUCGGGGUACGAUCAGCAAAGCCCUUACAGAUACUAG